CAAGCCCCGCGGCCGCCUAUCGCGCGAGUCAUGCCGGGCACCUCGUCCCCCUGUCCUCUCUGGCGGAGCUGCCUGGCGGAAGCGGGAACGUCGCAUCCUGAGGUAAAGGUGCACGGCAUCCUGGGACAUGUAGUCUGGCCGGGGCUCGGACGCCCCCUCGGAUGAAUGGGACCGAGGCUGACUGCGAACUACAGCUUCUUGGCAGCGUCGGUGUUGGCCGCGGGAGAAGGGGAGACCGCGGCGGCCCCCAGUGAGAGCGGCUUUCCAGGACGGUGCGAUGUGCUGCGCAGCGAAGAGGCAGGAGGCCGGCUUCCUGGGGUAGCGGUAUAGGCGGGCGCUUACUCUGUGCGCUUGCUUCCCCAACCCUGCACCGGCCAUGCGCCCGGCCUUGGCGGUGGGCCUGGUGUUCGCAGGCUGCUGCAGUAACGUGAUCUUCCUAGAGCUCCUGGCCCGGAAGCAUCCAGGAUGUGGGAACAUUGUGACAUUUGCACAAUUUUUAUUUAUUGCUGUGGAAGGCUUCCUCUUUGAAGCUGAUUUGGGAAGGAAGCCACCAGCUAUCCCAAUAAGGUACUAUGCCAUAAUGGUGACCAUGUUCUUCACCGUGAGCGUGGUGAACAACUAUGCCCUGAAUCUCAACAUUGCCAUGCCCCUGCAUAUGAUAUUUAGAUCCGGUUCUCUAAUUGCCAACAUGAUUCUAGGAAUUAUCAUUUUGAAGAAAAGAUACAGUAUAUUCAAAUAUACCUCCAUUGCCCUGGUGUCUGUGGGGAUAUUUAUUUGCACUUUUAUGUCAGCAAAGCAGGUGACUUCCCAGUCCAGCUUGAGUGAGAAUGAUGGAUUCCAGGCAUUUGUGUGGUGGUUACUAGGUAUUGGGGCAUUGACUUUUGCUCUUCUGAUGUCAGCAAGGAUGGGGAUAUUCCAAGAGACUCUCUACAAACGAUUUGGGAAACACUCCAAGGAGGCUUUGUUUUAUAAUCAUGCCCUUCCACUUCCGGGUUUCGUCUUCUUGGCUUCUGAUAUUUAUGACCAUGCAGUUCUGUUCAAUAAGUCUGAGUUAUAUGAAAUUCCAGUCAUCGGAGUGACCCUGCCCAUCAUGUGGUUCUACCUCCUCAUGAACAUCAUCACUCAGUACGUGUGCAUCCGGGGUGUGUUUAUCCUCACCACGGAAUGCGCCUCCCUCACCGUCACGCUCGUCGUGACCCUACGCAAAUUUGUGAGCCUCAUCUUUUCCAUCUUGUACUUCCAGAACCCUUUCACCCUGUGGCACUGGCUGGGCACCUUGUUUGUCUUCAUUGGGACCUUAAUGUACACAGAGGUGUGGAACAACCUAGGGACCACAAAAAGUGAGCCUCAGAAGGACAGCAAGAAGAACUGAGGCCUGCCUGGAGUAUGUAGACCAGUGUCGUCGUGAGGGAGGGACCCUGUGAAGGUCUGACCACCGUUUCGCUUUUGUUAAUGCCGAGCUACCCGCAGUGCUGAGCCAGCCGUGCAACAGGAAAUCUUCAGGAGGAGGGGACUUCUCACAUUGCUCAGACUGACACAUGUAGACUAAAUAGAAACCCCUCAGCCCUAAAAUAGAAAAAAGAACAGUUCUGGACUAUUGAACAGCCCAUUCAUUUAUUUCUGUUUUGUUUACCGACAUAUUCAGUAUUAUUCUUGUUUUCUGAAUUCUGAGUCUCCUGAACAAAAGGCUUACUAUCCAUGGUCUUGGAAAAGAUUGUCCCUUCUCUUGCUGUUCUAAUGCAUCUCUGCUACAGCAGUCAUUGUCAUCCUGUGACCUUAUCCCUUUUGUCUCCCAUCACCUUUUCCUUCUUCAGCAGCACCUCACGGUCAGUCAGACGCUGCAGGCACCACUAUCACCAGGAGUGGCCAAAUAAACCGAGACACCAGUGACAGCAGGGCUGGACUUCCUCCAGCGUUUUGGGAAGGAAAGAGAUGUUCCCCUGAGCUGAUUCCCAGUGACAGUGGAGCAAGACUAGUGGGACUCCUCUUUCCCACAUUUUGCUUUUUUUUUUUUUUUUCUAUGCAAAAGUCAGAUGCUUCUAUCCAUUGCUUUCUGUGAUUAGGGCAGCCCUGCAGCAUAUCUCACAGCAGACACAGUGUUCAUAACAAAGAAAGGUUGUGCCGGGCACGGUGGCUCACGCCUGUAAUCCCAGCCCUUUGGGAGGCUGAGGUGGGUGUAUCACUUGAGGUCAGGAGUUCAAGACCAAUCUGGCCAACAUGGUGAAACCCCAUCUCUACUAAAAAUACGAAAAUUAGCUGGGUGUGAUGGCGCGUGCCUGUAAUCCCAGCUACUUGGGAGGCUGAGGCAGGAGAAUCACUUGAACCCGGGAGAUGAAGGUUGCAGUGAGCUGAGGUCGUGCUACUGCACUCCCGCCUGGGUGACAGAGUGAGACUCUAUCUCAAAAAAAAAAAAAAAAAAAAAAGAAAGGUUGUUAUGGACUGGACACCCCUGAAGCCCAUUGCCUAGGCCACAGUGGUGACGGCCGGGCACUCACAGGGCAGAAGGGUAGGUCUCAAGUGGGAGGAUAAGGCUUCACCACCAGGAGAUUCCCCUCUGCCCGAUGACUGAUAGAGUCACGACCCAUCAAGGGAAUGCAUAGAUGGAGAUAUAUAGUGUGUGAUGUGUAAAUCAGGUCAAACCUCAACGACAAUUGAAAGUUGUUAUUGUCCUAUAAGGUAUCUUAGCAUUCUCGAUGGGUAUUGAGGAUGGUUGGAUGUGCUUUAUUGUGUGUGGAAACAUGCCUCUCUUUGCUAAUCAUUUCAGAGGUCCAGUUUUCCUUUCACUGGACAAUCUUGAAUAGGAGGAACGCUGUUGCUGUAAUAUGCGUAGCUUGUGUGUGCUCUUGUGUAGUCUGUGUGUGAUCAAAGGGCACGGAAGUGGCUGCACUUUCACAUCCCUUUUCUUUACUUAGCUGGAACCUUACAUACCAGUACAUGCUCCUCUGUAAGCAGCUGAACUCACCGGCCACUUCUCUGUUUGCCUAUAGACAAAGACUGUGUGUGUGUGUGUAUGUGUGUGUGUGUGUGGUGCACACAUUGUGUUCUUAAACUGAGACGUGGCUCUGCAGGUCUCCUGGGCUCAUUCCAUGGUGUGGUAUGUUUAUUCCACUGUCCAGAGCUAUUCUCUGAUGGAUUUGAGCAACAGUAGUGGAGAUAAAUGUCCUAGAGUCACCAGGUCGCUUGGAGAAGUCAUUUAAGCUGCCUCGGGUUUUUGUUACUUAAAAUGUGGAUAUUAUUUCUCCACCUAAAUCACUGAGUUUACAGAGUAAUAAUGUGUUGCUCUGGACAUUGACAGCUUUCUAGAGCCAGUAAUGGGCUCUUCUGAAGGAUGCUGAAUUAGAAGUGAACCUAUUCAUAGGAUCAAAAGCCACUUGCUUUGAAAUAUGUAGAGUUCCUCAGAAUUGACGGUGCUAGAAAUAUCCAAGUGUUAAAUAACCUUUUAAAAGCAACAAAAGCUACUUUUUUCUUACCACUUAAUAGAAGAACCUGUCCCUAGAGGCGACUUCAUUGCUAUGGAUCUGGAGUCUCUGAACUCUUAAUAGGAUGCAGCCUCACAUACAUAAUGUCACCCAUUUUAUGUUGAUGAAAACAUUACAAAAGUUUUCAUCAUUGGGUAUGUUGAUGUUCGCAGACAGUACUUGGGCCCGUUAGGUUUUAGCGUCUGGUCUUAGAGCAUGUGUAUUCAUCUCAGCGUGAAUACCUCAGCCAGUCUUAUGAAUAGGAGGCUAUGUAUGGGCAGGGAGUAGAUUAGAUUAGAACACUCGCACAAGAUGACCACAUAUAGAAGCAGAAAGCCCCAAAUUCCCUGGGAACUGUUUUUUCUCUAGUAGCUGAAUAUAAGGAAAUAUGUCUAAUGGACACCAGUUAAUACUUUUUAAAACUACUCUUUAAAAAAAAAAAUACGUUCCCCUUGGUUAACUGAUUUUUUAAUCCAGGGUGGACAUUUUUUCAACCUUUAUUAAAAAGACAAACUAUUUUGUAGAAGAUCAGACUCCUACUUAACUGGAAGAGAAAUGUCUAUUAAAUGUCUCUCCUCUUUCUCUGGGUCAAGACCAUGUAAUUUUAUGCUUCAGAGAUGAAGAUACUGUUUGUUUACAAAGAGUUUAGUUUUUAAGACAUCCAAAACUCUAUGCUAGAGCAAAAAUCAAAUAGCAAAGGACACUAGCCAGAAAAUACAGUGUGUGUGUGUGCACCUGUGUGCCUGCUGAACAACUUGACAGUGUAACAGAUAAGGUAACCGAAGAUGGUGGAUAUUUGAAUUGUAUUAGCUUAAUGUCUACAUAUCUUUGGCCAAAACUCUAUUGUCAUAUUAGAAACAUGUUAUCUUUUUCAUGUUUAUUAGUAAUUUAUUUUUGAUUCUUUGUUUUCUUUUUCGUCCAGCUAAAACAACUGUAAUGUACUUGAUACAUUUAUAUCAAGUUCUAAAGUAUUUAGACAAAUCCAAAUACUUUGUUUUUAGUUUUUUCCUCCCUUCCAUCCUGUUAACCACAGUGAAACGCUGCAGUAUUUUGAUUUGGUCAGUGCUACGGAGGAAGACCAUGAAAGCUGAAUUGGUCUGUGCCACCCAGAGUAAACCUCUUCUCUUCUUCUGGAAAGAUGGCGUGAUGUUUUUCAAGGAUUCUAAUAAAUAUCCCGCAGUCAUCUCCUGAGCAGCUUUCCUCUGUUUCACUUCGGAACUCCUUCCCCCACUUUCUUCACUCCAGUUUCUUCACUUGCAGCGUUUUCUGCUAAGAAAGACCUAUCAUCUUGUAUCUGUUUAUGCCUCUCUUCUUUGGGGGCCCUGGAUGUUUUUGUGGAUUUUUACAGAGUAUUUAUAUCUGCACAGCGUGUAUUUUGUUAUACAUUCUUACAAGCAUUGAUAUUGGGGGGUACAUUUAUAAUAGUGAGAAUAUCUGGCAGAAUGUGUGAAUGCCAUAUCUUUAGAUGACGAUGAAUGUGAAGGGUUAAUGUAGAAAUGUUUGUUUAUUCUGUUACAGCUCAAAGUGGAGGCUGAGAAUCUCUACCACCAUUCCCUUCUCUAUUUGAGAAUCUCUACCACCAUUCCCUUCUCUAUUUGGGAAACAAUACUUUCUUAUUUUGCUGUUUUUACCUUCCCAUUAACUGGCUUCACUCAACAGUGCCAGAUACCUAUGGAGAGGGGAAGUAAAACACCUUAGGUCAGGAAUAAUUAUAAACCAAUGAGUUAGCUCAGGGCCGGUGGACAUGUUCACUGGUGGACCAGUUGGCAUUGACCUAAACGGACAGAGAAAUGCACAUGGAGGAGAACUACGUUGAAAUCAAGAUCCUAUGUCUGUUGUAUUUUCUCUUUGCCUGGAGUAAAUAGCAUUAUAAGUCAUUCCACCCUUAUUAGAUAACCAAAGCAUAUUGGUCUCAAUAGCUUUCUCCUGAAAAAUGUGAUUGAAUCUUACCUGUAGCAGUUCACUCUUAAGGUUGAAAGAACUGUCAAUAUAGAUAAAAUCCAUUCCUUAUUAUUGAUUGCUGUGACAUUUGAAAAUGUGUCUAAACAAUAUUUGUAAGUAAAAGAACCAGUCAUAAGCCUCAAAUGUGUUCAGUGUGUACCAAGCUGGAAUGGGAGACUGGCCCCUCUUGGCUUUAAAGUAGCAUGUUGUCUUUUUCUAGCAGCUUCUUCCUAGUAGACAUUCCAGGGAUGGGAGGGGCCAGGGAUCAUGUCUUACUCAUUUCUGUAUCGCCAGCCCCUGGCAUAGUGUCUGGCUUAUGUUACGUGAAUAAAUGAAUGCUUGCCAAGAUCUCUUCUUCCCUCAAGUUUCUGGAAAACCUGAGGGUUCAUGAUACCUGUUCCCACUCCUCAUCAGCGGGUUGGCAAGAAAGCAAAUAAGGGGAAACAUUCUUAACAUUCCAAGCAAGAGAAGGAAGAACGACUAUUGGGAGGAGGUACACCAGAGAUUGCUCAGUGUGCAGCCUGCUACCUCACUUUUGGCUCUGGAUUGCCUGGUGGUAGAAGGGAAGAGUAUUAUGUAGUUAGCACCUUACAUAUUUGAUGCUCAGGAAGAAAGUGCAAGAAGAUCCCUAAUAGAACAUUAAAGAUUCUUAAAAGUUUUUGAAGUAGGCUGCUUGGGGUGACCAGCCCCACCCUUACAUCUCCAUAGUUGGUACAGUUAGCUUGUAGCAGCUGAAGCUGAUGCCUGGAGAUCACUGUCUGUCGGUCUGAUCUCAGUAUCAUACUGAGACACCUCCCCUGAGCCUUACCUACUUAAAUUGGUAACCGUCCUACCAAAAUUUGUCAAUUUUAAUCAAGUGAGGCAAGUUGCAAGGGAGCCAGAGAUACGUGAAAAAAGAAAAGCAGAAAUACUGAUACUUUCUAAGAAAGAAGUUGUAAUAAUUUCUUCGGCACAUUGACUUACUGAUAUCUUUUGAAAUGCAUAGAUGACUCUUGUGAACCAGAGAGCAGUAGUGGUUAUUCCCCGGCGCAAUAAAAAUGCCUUUGUGUAUCACUUGCGAUUGCCAGUCAUUUCUGUGCCAGUUGCUCUCAUUCCAGAGAAUGGCCUCAUUCUCCCAAAAAAAAGACGAUGAUUUUAGAAGUAGGAUUUCCUAACAAAUUAUGUGGUGGGGAGGGAUGGCAGGGAUUUUAUUCAUCCUGUCUGAGCUCUUCAUACAGUAUUACCAUUAGGUUUUAAGAACAAAGAUGGGGGAGGAGGGAGUAGAAAGCUGAGAGUACGUAGAACAGCUACAAGACAUUAGUGGGUAUUCAGAUUUUGAGCUGUGUAAAUAUCAAACAUCGGCUUCCAGCCUUAAGAGUUAUUUGAGCAGAGAGUUAAGGAGGAAUGGGAGAUUUUGUGAAUAAAAUGUUUUGCCAAACUGAA